UAUGACUACAACAAAGGUACACGGCAUGAUUCCACACUGGUGCUUCCAAUACGACAGACGGCUUCCAUUUUUAAACAGCCGGUCACGACAGUGAGGAGGCAUCAGUCAAAUAAGAUAAAAACCGAUGUCAAACCAGAUACCAAAGAAUCCCCAAAACAAUUGUUCUGGGAAAAGAGAUUACAAGGAUUAAAUGCAACAGAUAUUGCUGAAGAGCUAUUAAUCCAAAUGGACCUUCCUGAAGGAAUCACAA